AUGAAACAGAUGUAUGCAAUGUUCAUGAACUCCAUUUCAUUCCCUUCUUGCAUCAAAAAUACCCUAAAGCUUGUGAACUCUAAUCCCCUACAUACAUUCCAAGAUCCGAGAUUUCUGCCCCUUUGGACUGUCAAUGAGAUAGCUCAGGCUGUUGAUGAAAAAAUUGUGAAAUGGGGUCCUCCUGGAACAAUUUCUACAGACACCCGAACCAUUCAACCAAAUCAGUGGUUCUUUGCCAUAACUGAAGAAAAUUUUGAUGCCCAUGACUUUGUAACCCCAGUACUGUCGAGUAAAGGGUGUGUUAGAGUUAUUGGGAAGUGGGUUUGUGAGAAUUGGUUUGGGGGUUUUCUGGAAAUCUCUGGCAAUACUAUUGUUUCGUUGACAAAGAUGGCUAGCUACGCAAGGAAUAAGUUCCAUGGCGCUGUUAUAGAAGUAACUGGCUCUGUCGGGAAGACCACUACAAAGGCUAUGAUAGGUUUGAUUCUUGAAAGUCCUGGAAAUUGGAAUAAUCGAAUUGGAGUUGCUUUGUCACUGACUGGAAUUCCUAGAAAUGCUGAGGUUGUGGUUUUGGAAAUGGGAAUGAGUGGGAAAGGAGAGAUAUUAGAGCUUGCAAAGAUGGCUCGGCCAACGAUAAGAGUGGUUUUGAAUGUAGUUUUACAUUUCAAGAAUUUUUCUAGUUUGGGCGAAAUUUGUAAGGCAAAAGGGGAGAUUCUGGUGGAUGCUAAGCCAGGGGAGAAUGCUGAUGAUCCCCUAGUUAUGAGCCCCCAUGUACCAUCUGAAGUUAAAAAGGUGCUCUUUGGUCGGAAAGUGGGGUGUGAUGUUAGGUUGGUUAUGGUAGAAAGCGUUGAUGGAGGGCAUGCAGUUCGAGUGGUUUUAGAGAAAGAUAAUGAAAUGGUGGACUUUAAGAUUCCUAGCCCAGGUCGGCAUUUGGGACAAGAUGCAUGUGUAGCAGCAGCAGUUGUAACUCUAUUAGGUGUUUCUCUUUCACAAGUUGGAAUUUCCUUGUCAAAAUUUAUCCCCGUUCACAUGAGAGCAAAACUUGAAGUAGCUAGAAACGGUAUCAAAAUAAUCAAUGAUGCUUACAAUGCCAAUCCUGUCAGCAUAGAAGCUGCCAUCAACUUGCUAAAGAGCAUCGAAUGCAAGGGUAAAAGAGUUGCCAUACUAGGGGAUAUGUUAGAACUUGGUACAAUUGAACUAGAGUCUCAUAAAAUGGUACUGAACUAUUGUUGUGAUGCCAGUAUUGGUUUAAUUGGCCUUGUUGGGAAUAGGUUCUUAACUGCAGCUGAGAAUUUGAAUUUAGCUGAGGAUAGAAAAUUGUUACUAGCCCAUGAUUCCAAAAAUUUUGCUGUGGAAAUUGGUAAGAGUGUUGGUCAUAAUGAUGUUGUUUUGGUGAAGGGUAGAGGAGCGAUGCAAAUGGAGAUAGUUGUGAAUGCAAUUAAAGAAUUGGAAAUACAUACUUGAUAUCUAGUUCAUGGUAUUAUUAUUAUUAUUAAGCA